AUGACCUUUGUGAAUGCUCAUGCAGAAGGAGUUCUCCCCAAACGAGUAUGCAGUAAGCAAGACGUUCUAGACUACUUAAAUCUUACCAGAGACAAUGAGAAAUUCACAACCUGUCGUCCUGCACUGGAUUGGAUGCAUCCCACCAUCCUGUACAUCGAUAUUUAUCUCUAUGGUAUCCUCUCGGUGAUCUGGAACAACGAGCGAAUCUCUUGGAAUCCUCAGGAUUUUUGUGGUAUUAACGAAGUGAUUUUACCAAAAGAGAUGCUUUGGAAACCAGAUCUCUUUGUACUUGAGACUGCAGAGAAGGAAGAUGGACCACUGAGCCCAUACUUGUCAAUUUCUCAUGAUGGAAAGGUGAUAAUGGAAGAUGACCAUAAAAUUGUCAGCACCUGCACAAUGAAUAUACACAAAUUUCCUUUUGAUACCCAAACUUGCCACUUCACAGUUUCUUCUAUUAAUCACUCAGAUGAAGAAAUAAAGCUGGUUCCUGCCUCAAAUGCGUCAAAGGUGACACAGACAGCUCGAGAGUACCUAAUGACACAAGGAGAGUGGGAGUUCUUAAACAUUUCAGUCUCACACCAGAGAGAGAAUUUUAAUGGCCGAACAUUUGAAAUAAUUAAGUACACGAUCUCCAUCAGAAGGAUGCCCUUGAUGCAUGUCAUCAACUUUCAGCUUCCUAUAUUAUUUUUUCUCAUUGUGGACCUAGCUUCUUUCUUAAUACCUGACAGAGGGGAAAAACUAUGCUUCAAAGUAACUGUACUAUUAGGUAUCUCUGUUCUUCUACUCCUCCUAAAUGAUAUCCUGCCAUCCAAGUCUCACAAAUGUCCUCUGAUAGCAAUGUAUGUCAUUGUCAUCUUUUCUUUCAUGUUAUUGAGCCUUCUGGAGACAAUUUUGGUGAUACACUUAAUAAAUCUGAACUCUGAACAAGACGGUAAGGAACCUAUUCAGAGACCUGAAAUUCUCAAUACAUUACGACUUGGGGGAACUGACACCCCCAAUUUUGAGACAGAUAAAAGGAAAGCUGACUGUAUUUCUGAAUUGGAGGCUCCCUUUGAGUCUCUGGUGUUGAAGGAAAUAUACAAAGAAAAAAUGAACGAUGUGCACCUAUUGCAGAUUAUCCUGGAAGAACUUCAGUCCCUCAAACAGACUCUGGUUCUCUAUGCAUGGAAAGACAAUAACCAUCAGAAUAUGCUUGCCUUGUGA